AUGAAACAACUCUGGGGCACCCAAAUGAAGAAGGGAACUUCGAUAAGGGAGCACAUUAUGAAGAUGAUGAGUCUUCUAAAUGAGUUCGAAGUUCUAGGUUUCGAUAUCGAUGGGGAAUCCCAGAAAAUAUCAGUCUCCAAUCACUAUCGUAGUCUUUUUGAGAAUUUUCAGAUGAAUUAUAACAUGAACAAGCUUCAGUAUAGUUUAUCGAAAUUGCUUAAUGAACUCCAAGCUGCAGAAGGGUUGUUCAAAAGGAAGACACUAAAGGUGAAUGUCACUGAGAAGGAUUCUUCUAUACCAAAUGGUAAGAAGAAGAAGAAAACUCAAAAGAAGAAAGGGAAGGGUUUAGCUGGCACAGGUAUUCAAUCAGGCAGAGUGAAAAAGCCAAAAGGCAAGUGUUUUCACUACGGUCAAAAGGGACAUUGGGAGAAAGAUUGUCCAAAAUUCCUGAGCAAGAACAAGAAGGGGGUUCCAGGAGACUCGGAAGCCAAGAUUUCACGACUAGUUCGAGGUAGGCCUUUAGGUUCAUUGGAGAUCGAACAACUCCCUGUUUAUGAAUCUUGUUUGGAAGGUAAGAUGACCAAGAGGGCUUUUUCAGCCAAAGGGUAUAGGGCCGAAGCAUGUUUGGAUUUGAUACACUCAGACUUAAGUGGUCCUAUGUCAGUUCGAGCGGGAGGGGGUUUUGAAUAUUUUGUCACUUUCAUUGACGAUUAUUCAAGAUAUGGAUACAUUUACUUGAUGCACCAUAAGUCUGAAACUUUUGAAAAAUUCAAAGAGUUUAGAGCGGAAGUGGAGAAGCAACAAGGAAAGUGUAUCAAAACACUACGAUCUGAUCAUGGUGGUGAAUACCUCUCAGGAGAAUUUUAG